AUGUUCGACUACCAGUAUUCUGGCAACCGUUUGAUGUAUUAGCAACAAAAGCUCACGGGAUGAAGAAAGUUGGCGAGCAACAGUAUACCGUUCGAAUGACUGUGAUAUUAGACAAUAAUUUGUCCUUUCAAGGUCUUCCCAUUGAAUUGCGUCUGGUUCGUUCAGAGAUUUGGAACAUGGAAGAUCAUAUUCGUCUGAAUACCAGCAUCAAGACCACAUUGAACAAUUUUGCUGUCUAUACGACCAGUCGAACUCGGCUCGUUGCACCAACACGGCCGUUUACUCCUUCGAACACCAGUGUGUCAGAAUCCCGACGUCAGCAUCGUGCUUGGGUAAGUCAGGCGUCCUUUCCUCCGUGUACAUUAAACGAAAUACUACAGGUUAAGAGCCAAAUGCCACAGUUUGCGAGCCAUGGGCCGUAG